AUGAUGGACUGUACGGCGGAAGACGACAGUCCACUGCACAAGCUGGCGAACGGCAAAGCCGUCGCUUCCGCUGGAACUGGUGGCGAUCCACUUGGGAAGUCGGGCGAGUGUGAGUUAAAAGCUUCCGAUAAAUUAGCGGUGGGAGAGAGGCCUGGAUCCCAAAUUUCUGGAGGCCAACCGUCGCCAUCACAAAAAGCAACGUCAUCUUCGGCAGGAACUCCGCAGGACGGUGCUUCGGCCAGCGGCAGUGCGGGUGCUGGAGUCUUUGCUGCUUCUGCUGGGCAGCCAGGCAGUACCGGAUCCACGGGGAGUCAGGAAACAUUAACAUCAUCGGCUGACGGUGCGGAUCCACCAAAAGCCGUAGCAGACAGCGGGACACAUGCACACGGUGCGGCGCAUGCACCUUCGGCCUCCGCGCAACCAUCCGGCACGUCCACUUCCGACACUCUCGCCGGCGGCGAUGGUGAAAGCGCCACUACAACCACGACCGCCAGCAGCCCCAGUGGUGGGAAACAUGCAAAGGGCAACGCGGACGGCUGCGGCACGCCCACUGUGUGGGCGCGUGGCACACUGCUGCUGCUGCUGACGGCUGCUGUUGUCUGUGCUGCUGGGGAUUGA